AGAUAGAGAGAGAGAAGAAGAGAUAGAGAAGAGAGAGAGUUAGAAACUAGCAGGACUUCCACACUGCCGGGAGAGAAAAGGAGACCCGCUCUGGACUAACCCUUCCAUCCUCUCCUCCGAUCCUGCGCACUGGGAACUCAACAGGAAUACGCUCCAUUAUAAUCCUCCUCCGCACAAGGACCCCCACUCUGCGAUGGCACCUCCCGCGGGACACGGAUGGCCUCUCAGGCUCCCAGCGGGACCCCGGGGCUGUGGUGUCUUCCUGGGGGUUCUCCUGGCUGUGUCGGGGCUGGUCUCAGGGUUCAACCUGGACACUGUAAACACUCUGGUGAAGGCUGGAGACAACGCCACCUUCUUCGGUUUCUCUCUAGCUCUUCACCAGCAAGUCACCCCGGAGCCUCGGAGUUGGAUCCUGGUGGGGGCGCCGCAGGCCGCGGGGCUGGGUAAAAUGCGAGGCAGCCGUCCAGGUGCCCUGUUCCGCUGUCCAAUCACGGAGGAGGAGUUUGACUGUGAGCGCGUGGACAUCGAUGGAGACGUGAGCCCUGAGAGGGAGAGCAAGGACAACCAGUGGCUGGGGGUGACAGUGAAGAGCCAGGGGAUUGGAGGGAAGGUGGUGACGUGUGCCCACCUGUACGAGCUCCGCCAGCGGGUGAAGAAGCCGUCGGAGACGCGCGAUCCCAUCGGCCGCUGCUACGUGCUGAGUGAGGACCUGACGGAGCGCGACGACCUGGACGGGGGCGAGUGGAAGUUCUGCGAGGGGCGUUCCCAGGGCCACGAGCAGUUUGGCUUCUGUCAGCAGGGCCUGGCCGUCAGCUUCACCCCCGACAACAACUUCAUCCUGUUCGGAGCUCCAGGGACGUACAACUGGAAAGGCGAGAUGCGCGUGGAACUCAUAAACCAGACUCUGCUGGAUCUGGGUCUCUAUGACGACGGGCCGUACGAGGUGGCGGACGAGAAGCAGCUGAACGCCCAGCUCAUCCCUGUCCCCUACAAUAGUUACCUGGGGUUCUCUGUGGAUGCUGCCAGGGGCCUGAUGAGUUACAGGGAGAUGACCUUUGUGGCGGGGGCGCCACGAGCCAAUCACACGGGCGCGGUUGUCCUCCUGCAGAAGGACAACGUGUAUCGCCUGGUGCCGCAGCACAUCCUGUGGGGAGAGGAGCUGGCCUCCUCCUUUGGAUACUCGGUUGCCACGGCCGACCUCAACAGUGAUGGCUGGACAGACCUGAUCGUGGGAGCCCCAAACUACUUUGACCGCAAGGCAGAGAUCGGCGGGGCAGUGUACGUGUUCCUGAACCCUGCCAGUCACUGGGCCGAGGCACGGCCCAUACGCCUCAACGGCACCUACGACUCCAUGUUCGGGAUGACGGUCAACAGUGUGGGAGACCUGGACCAGGAUGGAUACGGAGACAUUGCUGUGGGCGCGCCGUUUGACGGGGAUGGUAAAGUGUUCAUCUUCAGAGGCUCGUCCUCGGGCAUCGAGACCAAGCCUGCUCAGGUCCUGGAUGCGGAUCAGCAGGUGAAGAGGUUCGGCUACUCCAUCUCAGGAGGGCUGGACAUCGAUAAGAACCAGUACCCGGACCUGGCGGUGGGCUCGCUCAGCGACCAGGUGGUGCUGUUCAGGUCCCGUCCAGUGAUCCAUGUGUUGAGGGUCUUAUCUAUAGAGCCCCAGUACAUUGACCUGGAACAGAACAACUGCAAGGACAGAGAUGGAGUAUGUGUGGAGGUCAAGGCCUGUUUCACCUUCACUGCUCACCCACAGUCCUACUCACCUGACAUCACUGGGAAAUUCUGUAUUCCCUCUGAAGAUUCGAAAGAUAAGAUCCGUGAUAAGCUCCGCCCCAUCUCGCUGGCCAUCACCCACACCAUCAAGCCCAUCCCCCCUCGCCGCCCCCCCGGGCCCCAGCGCCUCCUGGAACUGGCUCCCGUCCUCAGCGUGGACACGUCCAACACUCUACACUCGGAGGUGAACUUCCUGAGGGAGGGCUGUGGUGAUGACAAGAUCUGCCAGAGCAACCUGAAACUCAGCUACCAGUUUGGCACCCGACCCCUGACCUCGGACUUCUUCACUCCUCUACCAAGGGACGAGGACGGCGUGGCCGUGUUCUCCCUGUCCGACCAGCGGUCAGUGGUUCUGGAGAUCACAGUCACCAACGCUCCGUCUGACCCCAUGACCCCAGACGAGGAUGGAGACGAUGCCCAUGCGGCCCAGCUCCUCGUCUCCCUGCCCGACACGCUGUCCUACUCCGGCUUCAGAGGACAGCAGGUGGUGUGCCAGGCCAAUCAGAAUGGCUCGAAGGCUGAGUGCGAGCUGGGAAACCCUGUGAAGAGGGAUGCCAAGAUGAAGUUCUCCAUCAUCUUGAGUACGUCUGCUAUCACCAUAGAGACCACAGAACUGACUGUUGGCCUCCUGAUGGCUACGAUCAGUGAGCAGCCUGACCUGGCUGCUGUCACGGCCCGGGCCAAGGUGGUGAUAGAGCUCCCCCUGUCUGUCAGCGGGCUGGCUCGUCCCCACCAACUGUUCUUCAGCGGAGCUGUGAAGGGAGAAAGUGCCAUGACGACCUUUGAUGAUAUAGGGAGCCCUGUAGAUUUUGAGUUCACGGUGACCAAUCCUGGGCAGUCCAUUCAGACACUUGGCUCCGCCUUCCUGAACAUCAUGUCCUACGAGCUGUCCAAUGGGAAGUGGCUCCUAUACCCCACCAGCCUGCACUUCCAAAAUCACCCACACACCCACUGCACCCACUCCUGGCCCUCACCCCCUGAGUUUGAGCACCAGCCUCACAGACCCGGGCCAGCAUGCGCACCUCAAGGUAAGCCCCUCAGACGACCUCCCUACCACCAUCUGAGCCGCAUUCCAUUCAUCCAGGCGAGGAGGAAGGGGCGGUCCCACCCAGAGGAAGAGGGUGUGGUCAUGACCAAAGGCAGUGUUGGAAGAACUACCCCGGCUGUGGCUGCCUCCGAGAGACGCAAGUCCCUCAAGCUGGACUGCCUGCUAGGCUGCCGCUGCGUGCUGUUCCAGUGUCCUCUGCACAGUUUCUCAGGCUCUGCUGUCCUCAGGAUCAAGGCCCGCUUGUGGAACAGCACCUUCAUAGAGGAGUUUCCAGCAGUCAGCGCUCUGGAGCUGCUGAUCAGGGCCAACAUCACCGUCAAGUCCAGCAUCAAACACCUGCUGCUCAGGGACGCUGCCUCACAGGUCCCAGUGAUGAUCUACCCUGAGCAUGGUCUGGUGGAUCAGUACUGGAUCCCAUGGUGGAUCAUCCUCAUCGCCGUCCUGGCAGGGGUCCUGGUGUUGUCUCUUCUGGUCUGCAUACUGUGGAAGUGUGGCUUCUUCCGGAGGGCUCAGUACAAAGACCAGGUGCCCCAGUAUCAUGCUGUGAAGAUUCCUCGCCAGGACCGGCCCCAGUUCCAGACGGAGAAGUCAGGGAUGUUACACAAGAAGGAGUGGGCCACACACUGGAGUGAUGGCACCUCCUGAACAUGACCACCAACACCUCCCUCAAUCUCUCUCCCUCUCUCUCUCUCCCUCUCUCUCUCUCAAACUCUCUCUCUCUCCCUCCCUCUCUCUCUCUGUCUCUUCAGUUGACAGUAUACUGUAACAGCCUGCGCUCUUCACACAGACAGCUCUGUGUUGAUUGAUCAAGACGUAUCGAUACUUGUGUAUUGUGUAUUUAUAAUGACUGGAUCAAUACUGCUCAAAGCUAAUGCUGAACUUUCUAUAUUUGUACUGUGAUGUAGCGGUUUGUUUUACAGUAAUCCCUCCCAGGCGGGACUGAAUCUAUAUCAAUCACAGCGUUCUGGUUCUGUCUACGGGGCAGUAUAGACUGCAGAGAGAGUCUUUGAUGAACUUUCAUGAAGAGGCAUCAAUAGGCUCUGUCCACACAGAUUACCAGACCAAAGACUAACUAACGCAGAGAAAUGCAUGCACACACCAAACACACACACACCACACACACACACACACACACACACGCACCACACGCACGCACACACACACACACACCACACACACGCACACACACACACACACACCGCCCACAACGUGUACUGCUGCUUGCCUUAACUACUGUAGACUGCUGAGGGCAAAGGAGAUGGACUCUGUUUGUACAUUAUUUGAUUGUUUUAGCCUUUUUGCUUUUUAUUUUUAGAUGUAACAAAUCAACUUUAGGAGGCAAUAAUCAAGAAACACCAGCUUGUUUCUGGCAGUUUGGUUUGGGUUUAGGUGACACCAUUUUCAUAAUGAUCCCGUUGCCUGAAUGAACUUGAAAACAAACAAACAAAAGAUCAGGAAACCACAUAGAGUACUGUACCUAUAUAUGACUGAAGACAGUUUUUUACAAGACACACUUUGAGACAAGGGAAAGCCUAAGUUGUGAGUCACAGCAUUUGUAUUUAACAUUGUCUCAUCCACUCCUUAUGUCCACUUCACCACUUUACUCCAGCAUCAUGUGUCUCUGAAUGGCACAUUUGUACUUAGAAAUACUGCAUUCUAAAUCAUAUUGAAACAAAGAGGGAUUGUAAAUAUUUCCAAUACUUGUAUUAGUAUUUGAAUAAAAGUGCCUUACAGUAGAACUGGCAGAGGCCUAACUCAGAAAGAGAAUUUAAUUGAACAAUGAAAGGGAAAAUUGACUAACAUGGUGUUGCCGUGGAGAUGCACAUACACACACAGUGUGCCGCCGGGCAAUCCAUGUUAGUGCAUGGUGAGUCAUGUAUUUUCUAGGUAUUGCUGGACAAUCGUGUAUUAGCCGCAUGAGAGAAGAUUUCUGUUUUUGUUUUCAUCAUGAUCCCCCAUAUUUUAUUUAUUUCUGACUGGUUUUACUGUUAACAUUGUAAAUAAAAUAACAACAAAAUAUCAUGAUCA